CGGAAGUUGAAUUUUGGAAAAAAUAUUUUCUAAAUUUCAGUCGGUUUUAGUAAUAUUUCGCAAAAAUAAAAUAAAUGAUGGCAGUAAAUUAAUUUCUAGUCAUACAAGGAACAUAAUAAACAUAUAUCGUAAGAAUCGAACAGUAUUUUUUCUUCCCCGACGGCCAGGAUAGGAGCUGAGUUCGAAAUUCAGUAUGGAUCUGCUUGGCUCAAUUCUCGGAUCUAUGGAGAAACCUCCAACUAUGGAUGAAGAACAAAGGAAAAAGGCAAAGGCACAAAAAGAGAAAAUGGAAAAGAUCCAGAAAAGAGAAAAAGAAACUCUAAAUAAAUUUAGGGAAAAAACACAGAAAAUGAUAAAUGACUUCAUCAAAGAUAGUUCAAAGCAGAAGUACAAGUUUGAACCAAUGGACAAGGUUUAUAGAGCUGUUGUGCAUGAGGUUGCUGAUAUAGCAGGACUAGUCUCAUUCUCAUUUGGUCAGGAUGAAGUUGAUAGGUACUGUUUAGUUUGGAAAAAGGAGUUUGCACCCUCAGACGAUGAGCUAGCUGCCCUGAGGAAGGGUGAAGAAUAUGACCCCCUUAAGGCGAAGGAGCUAGCUAGACUUAAGGAUCAAGAGGCAGCAGAGGCCAGACAAGCCCCCAAGAGGCCAGCAACCCAUACACCAAAUGCUGAUUACCACAAUAAAUAUGAACAUAUCCUGGGAAAGACAUCUGCAAAGGAUGCAGCAAGGCUCACCACUGCUAACAAAAACUAUGGCUUUGUUCCAAGUUCCAAUAAAAAAGAUUUACGAACAAUAGAGCAGGUCAUGGCAGAUAGCAAAGCAAAGAGACAAAAAGUUGAGGAUGUGUCACAAACAGAGACUGAUGUGUCCACUGAGGAACACAAACCAGACACAUCAACCAGUGCUGGUACUUGAACUAGUUAUACAUACAUAGCAGCUGGAGGUUCAGUUAAGAUGUUCCAUAAAUCUAUGCUUGAGUUUGUCAUUUUUCUGAAGUUUUGUUUAAGUGUAAAUUCUCAGAAAAACUCUCUGAUGGCAUUGAACAUACAUCUAGAAGCACAAAGACUGAUCAUGCCUGUGAACUUUUUUUAAAGAUGAUAUGGUGCCAGAUUGAGUGGAUCAUAUGAAUAUUUAAAGUUUCCUAUGUUUUUUAUGAUACAGGACACAAGGUAGAAAUGGUCAUAUUUCUAGUAAGCUUCACAAGAGGUAUUAUUGUAAGAUUUUGUUCCAGACAUGUACCUACAUCAAUGGGUAGUCUGGUACUCAAAACAUUAUGGAAUAAACGGAAUGAAUCAUAAACAUACAAGUAGG